GGCAGCUUGCGUUAGAUUCGGUUGUGUGCCUUGCCCUGUCAGUCUGCGAAAGAGAAGGAGAAGCGUCAUUUUGUUCAUUGCGAAAUGCCUGAGCCAGCCAAGUCAGCCCCGGCGCCCAAAAAGGGCUCCAAGAAGGCGGUGACCAAGACCCAGAAGAAAGGGGACAAGAAGCGGCGCAAGAGCCGCAAGGAGAGCUACUCCAUCUACGUCUACAAGGUGCUGAAGCAGGUCCACCCGGACACCGGCAUCUCCUCCAAGGCCAUGAGCAUCAUGAACUCCUUCGUCAACGACAUCUUCGAGCGCAUCGCCGGGGAGGCCUCUCGCUUGGCCCACUACAACAAGCGCUCCACCAUCACCUCCCGGGAGAUCCAGACCGCCGUCCGGCUCCUGCUGCCCGGGGAGCUGGCCAAGCACGCCGUCUCCGAGGGCACCAAGGCCGUCACCAAGUACACCAGCUCCAAGUAAGCGCCCGUCGGCCGAGGCUGGUGCUGCUGCUGCUGCUCCGGAGAGGGACCAAGCACCCAAGAACCCAAAGGCUCUUUUCAGAGCCACCCACUUCCUCUGGGAAAGAGCUGGAGUCGCAAAGGGACUUGGUUCAUGACCCCCCCCCCCCCGAUCCCUGGCCAAGAGUAUCCCCCUUUGACUCAAGAAAUGUACCCAAAUAAAUGCAUGAUCAGUGUCUUUCCUCCAAA